AUGACUACUGUUCCUUCUAGCAACACUGACGCCAUUCUCAAGGGUGUUGAGAUCCGGGCUAACAUCCCCGCCAACGCCCAGCACAUCUUCUCCAAGGAGGCUCUGGCUUUCAUCGCCACCCUGCACCGAACCUUCGAUGCCCGACGACACGAGCUCCUUGCUGCUCGAGUCGCUCGACAGGCCCGAAUCGAUGCCGGCGAGUUCCCCGACUUCCUCCCCGAGACCAAGAACAUCCGAGAUGACCCCACUUGGCAGGGUGCCCCCCCCGCCCCCGGUCUGGUUGAUCGACGAGUCGAGAUCACCGGCCCCACUGACCGAAAGAUGGUCAUCAACGCCCUGAACUCCGACGUCUGGACCUACAUGGCUGACUUUGAGGACUCCUCUGCCCCCACCUGGUCCAACAUGGUCGAUGGUCAGGUCAACCUCUACGACGGUGUCCGACGAACCAUCACCUUCCAGGCCCCCGGUGGAAAGUCUUACAAGCUCCGAUCCGACAAGGAGAAGCUCCCCACCCUUAUCGUCCGACCUCGAGGCUGGCACCUUGAUGAGACCCACUUCCUUGUUGAUGGCAAGCCCAUCUCCGGUGGUCUCUUUGAUUUCGGUCUGUACUUCUUCAACAACGCCAAGGAGUCCGUUGCUCGAGGCGCUGGCCCUUACUUCUACCUCCCCAAGAUGGAGUCCCACCUUGAGGCCCGACUCUGGAACGACGUCUUCAAGCUCUCUCAGGACUGGAUCGGCAUGCCCCGAGGAACCAUCCGAGGUACCGUUCUGAUCGAGACCAUUCUCGCCGCCUUUGAGAUGGACGAGAUCAUCUACGAGCUCCGAGAGCACUCCUCUGGUCUCAACUGUGGCCGAUGGGAUUACAUCUUCUCCUUCAUCAAGAAGUUCAAGAACCAUCCCGAGUUUGUUCUCCCCGACCGAGGUGACGUUACCAUGACCGUCCCUUACAUGUCUGCUUACGUCAAGCUCCUCAUCCAGACCUGCCACAAGCGAGGCGUCCACGCCAUGGGCGGUAUGGCUGCUCAGAUCCCCAUCAAGAACGAUGCUGCUGCCAACAAGGUUGCCAUGGAGGGUGUCUACAAGGACAAGCUCCGAGAGGUGACCGCCGGCCACGACGGUACCUGGGUUGCUCACCCCCAGCUUGCCAUCAUCGCCUCCGAGGUUUUCAACAAGCACAUGCCCACUCCUAACCAGAUCUACCGACGACGAGAGGAUGUCCACAUCACCGCUCGAGACCUCAUCAACCCUUACAUUGAGGGCGGCAAGAUCACCGAGGAGGGUAUCCGAAAGAACCUGUUCAUCGGUCUUGGCUACAUGGAGGCCUGGCUCCGUGGUCUUGGUUGUGUCCCCAUCAACUACUUGAUGGAGGAUGCUGCCACCGCUGAGGUGUCUCGAUCUCAGCUCCACCAGUGGGUCAAGCACGGUGUUACCACCGCCGAAGGCAAGAAGGUCACCAAGGACUACGCCGUCAAGCUUCUCAACGAGGAGACCGACAAGCUCAUCAAGAACUCCAAGCCCGGCAACAAGUUUGCUGAGGCCGCCGCUUACUUCAAGCCCGAGAUUGUUGGCGACAAGUACUCCGACUUCCUCACCACUCUCCUUUACGACCAGAUCACCUCCGUUGGCAGCUCUUCCAAGCUCUAA